CUGUGAUCUCUGUUAAUAUGCUUCGAUCGGACAGUGUUUACUCUCUCCAUUCAAGGCUUGUGCGCUCCAAGAAUAGCCGUCAGCGCUUAAAACGCCGGGCUGCGGGGAAGGAAGUGACAUGCUACCUUCCACUCACUACACACACUUGGGGAGAUUAGCGCGCGGGCAGCAGUAAUCUGGUUUCAGGACCACGGCCAGAGACACCGUUUGGCCACGAAUCCUGACGAAAGUUGCCUCCUGCGCGGUGUGAACGUUUGAGGACACCAAAGAGAGAAAACAAGUUCAUUAGGACGUUCAGGACUCUGGUGAAGUGGAUCUAAAAAUGUUAGUUUGGUUGGUUUCAUUCAAUGAAGAUUAUUAAUCUCCGGACAAGCAGUGUCGCUGAAUCCUCCGCACAGGUAACUGCGCCUUUAGGAGUUUGAUGAUCAACUGAAAUCAAGUUUUUCUUUUUAUAUGUGUGAGUGAGAAACACGAGGCGGAGGGAGUACAGGAGACGACUGUGCGCUCAAUCGGGAGCGCGCAAAGACUGCACAUUGGUCGGAUCCUGGACUCGUGAGGAUGGAUAUCCGGCCGGACAGGUUUAAGGCCGUGGCAGCCAAGACUCUUGGGAAAAUAUACGGGUAUGUAAGAACUCAAUGGGAAAAAAAUUACAAACCAGAAAAUGCUAAGACGCACUAAGACGCAAAACUCCACCUUUUACACUUAAACAAGACGACAAGAGGGCAGUAUGGUUGCUGAAAAACGAUUCUGAUUCGAGUAUUUGUUUUAAACUUCUCAUUUAAAGAUCAAGCAGUCCAGAGGCCUGGAUUAGUGUGGGCUUGGAUCACCUGGCACCACAUCUGUCCUUCCAUAGGCUGCUGAAAUGCCACAUAAAAGGCAUAGGCUAUACAUUAUUUAUCACUUAACGAGCAGCUGCAGAUAUCAACAAGAUCAUAUUGUCUUUAUCUGAGCUGAAAAUAUACUGAAACCUGAAUCCAUUUCAAUGAUAGGCGCAUCAGAUGAACAACGAAACAGAUUUUUGUUUCAUUUCAGGCUCAAACUGUUUUAUCAGUGUAAGAUGAAGCGUUGGAUCGAUAGCUGCAUUCAGUUAUUUCAGGCUUUUCUGCAGUGCUGUGAUAUUGUCAGAUUACUGAGGCCCUGUCACUGUCUUUGGCGUUUCUUUCUAUGACCAACAAUAAAGUUGUUUGUUUCAGUUUCAACCAUACUCAAGGCAUGUUUGGUAAAGUUUCAGAUUUGAUCUACAAACCCACCAGGAGUGAGUGUGUUUUAUGUUAAAAAAAAAAAAGGCCUCUGAGGGCGCUCUCUGCCACGCCUGUCACCGUGAGGCAGUGAGCUUAAGAAGACUUUGAUUAACCCUGAUUCUAGGAAAGGCUCCAACUUUCCAAAACGAGAAAUGUCUCCAUGAGACGUUAGCAGAACGACAGAUCAAUCACGUGGACUUUUGGAUUCAAUAAAAACGUGCGUAAAGAUAGGAGGGUCGUGCGUAAACGGUUCAGAAGUGUUCACAGUCAUCAGAAACCCCCCCAGCCCUGUACCAUAUCCUUCGUUUGCUGCAUAAAACUGCGUGACACACCCUCCCCGCUGAGAGCAGGUGUGUGAAGGCAGCCAGGAGUCUGGUAUUGACGGACUCCCCUUUCUUUCUUCUCUCGGGAUUUGAUGAAGCGUCUAAACACUUAAAUCCUCUCCACAAAUAGCUUCUCUUGGUCCAAGCUGUCGGCCCACGUAAAUCCCUGCAGGCCGUACACCUUGGCCACCUCUCCCUCUCUUUCUCCCCCACCCCCUUAAGUAGCUCGUCAUCGGACGCCCCCUCCUUCCUCAUCUCACAGCCAGCCGGGAUUAGGCCACUCGACCUACGACAGAGCCCACAGCAGCCUAUAAGCUCUCAUUUCCGCAGAGCGCACGUGCCCCCAGGUGCUCCCUUGGUACCUUGCUGCCGUGCGUAACGCGCAGCAGUCCGUUCCUCAGUCCUGGUCUCUGCACGCAACAUGCCCAUAAAGUGGCUGAAAGCUUAAUGCUAAAAGCUCUGAUUUUACUGAUAACUACAGUAAUUCCUCCAGGUUUGAAACUUUUAUGAAAAGCAUCAGUCAUUUUAUUUUAUUUUUGUGUGAUUCGCAAAUGUUUUUUUUUUUAAACUUGAUGUCACGUUCUUAUAAAAUUCCCCUCAUUUUGGUAUAAGAUCUAUGUUACUCUCCAGUUUUUGUCAGAAAAAAUAAGACACUUCACCAAGAUACAACCUAAACACACUAUUGAACUGGCCGAAUGAGGGCAAAAACUAACAUUCAUGUUCACAAUGAUUACAUUCCCUUUGAGGCAAAACAUGAGCAUUAUUUUACAAUAGUAGAACCCAAAUUCAGUCCUCUGAUUUUAAGCUGCCCACAUUUCAGAGAAUUUACAGAUGCAGUUUGUAGUAGUGGGCCGUCCUUGAGUGGUCCACCACAUUGGCACUUAAUGGACAAACUAGCAUACUAAAUGUCAUUGAAGAUGGAAGAAAAUGAGAGUGGUUGUUGUGUGGAAAAAAAUGUUGUACUGAUUUGAUGGUGAAAACUUGGUAAAUGCAGAAUCACACUUGUCAUGUGUCACAGAAGCUUUUUGUCCUUUAAGGCCACCAUCUCUCCACCAAUCAGAGGGGUGAGCAGGGGAGUGUUUUAACCUACAAUCUGAUCACUACAUACAGCUAAAUAUUUCCAUUUCUACACACUGUACCUUUAAAUGUUGCCUUUUUGACAGGAGAGAAACGUUAUUUAUUCAAAAUAGAUUAAUCUAUGUUGACCUCGCUACAUUUAUUGUUUCCUUUGAGACAAAACAGAAGCAUUAUUGUCUGGCAGUAGAACUAAACAGGACACUCUCAUUCAAUCAUAUCUACAACUAAGAGCCAGAUUGUUUUCAACACUGAUUAAUUUGUCAAUUUAUUUUAUUCAUGUAGCUUUUGUAACAAAACAGAAGCAUCAUCCUUGAAGAAGAACCCAAACGCAGCUAUGUCAAGAGUGUAAAUACUUGUCAUUGUCAAAGUCAGUUUAUCUGCUAAUAACUUUCUCCAUUGCCUAUCAAAAUAUCCACAUAUCCAGAACUGAUAUGAAACUUUGAUUAUAUUUAUGAUAAAAUCCUAAAAAUAUUCAAUUGUGAGCAGCAAGAGAGACUUAAUCUUCAGGUAUGUUUUCAUACUAUGUUUCAAAAUUACGAAAGCUAUUAAACAUGCAACAUAGAGGCAUACUCAGGUAAGUAAUUGACUCAUUGAUUAAUCAGCUGAUCAUCACAGGUCUUAUCUAAACAGAUAUCUACAAAUACAUACCAUGCAAGUCCUCUUUGAGCUCAGGCCUCUGCUUCAACAACUUGUGUCCAUGCUUGCUCUGUUGUAUAAAAAUCAGUGAUCCCCAGGCGUUAACUCAGACCCAAGCUGCUGAACUGUCCUGACAUUUGCCCUUGAUGUAUACAUUAAGAGAUUAACUUAACUUCAACAGAAAAUCCCAAAGUAGCCAAAAGAGAACAGGAUGUGUGAAUGCAUGUUCUAUUCUUAGUGUCAUCAGGAUUCAUAACUUUGCUUUUCUUAUUGAGCGACACUAGUUUGCAGACACAUUAGGCCGUUUCCUCAUGGUCUGUUUAGUGCGACAGAGCGAAGGUUAGGUAGCUUGUGAGGAUUACGACGGAUUUUCUUGUCUCAGGGUCAGUCAUGAAAAGUCACCACAACAGGCAGAUUUUUGUAAGAAAAAUGUUCAAGUGUUUCUUUACUUUCCUGAACCAUAAAUUUUAUUGUGACAAAAAAAUGCACCUCCUCUUGGUUGUUGUGAAUACGUUGCAGUUUAUAAGAAAAAAAGGAGUGAUAUAGUGUUGGAUGAUGUGUAAGUCAGAGGUUGAUGUGAGUUGAGGAUACAAGGCAGGUUUAAAAGAUGAGGAGGAGACAGGAAGAAUGAAGAGAGAGGCCACCUCAGACAAAAAUAGUCCAAGAGAGCCAGAGAUAUUAAUAAUUCACAAGAGGGAAUCAUUAAUACUUGAUCGUUGUCGGAGGCUGUUUGAAUCUCUGCUUACUGUAACUAAUAGAGCGUGCAUGUUUUAUCCUUGUGUGGCCUUCAUUUGACAGUUUGCUCACUGCUCUGAAGAAGUCCAGUCAGAGUCUUUUUGGUUGCUUUAUACGUUUGUCUCCAUCUUAGAUGACAAAUCCAUCCUAUGAAUCUUGUGAGCAGAUGGGUAUACACAGAUUCUUCCUUGGUGUGUAUGAAACAUCACUUACUUUUUUGGGUGUGGUUGGCGUACCUAGCUUUUACCGCCUGCAGAUUGAUUUGUGCUGCAGAGGUUACACACUGCAGUAAAGGCAAGGUUGCUGGCUGGUUAGCUAGCUGACUGAGCAUGCCCUAACAGAAAUCUCAGAUUCUAAUAUUCAGAUUGACCCUAAACUUUGCCAUAUACAAUAUAAAACUGAGUUUACUAACUAUUUAAGUGUGCCAACAGGAUUCAUGUUGGUGAGAUCAUAGACACUAUCCACUUUUUUCCUAUCUGGGGUCAUUGAUAAAGAUUGAGAUCCAUCUGCCCAUGUGCUUGUGCAACUGCUCAGGUGCAUGUCUGCAGCCAGGUAGUUCUGCCCCAGACUAAGCAAGUCUUUCAUACUAGUUCACUGAACAAACUUCUUCAUGGUGUCACAGCAAUUCUCUCAUAUCUAUUUAUUUCUGUUGUAAUGGGGAAACUGCAUCAAAUGUCCAAGCAUUGCAUUGUAAUUGGUGGCUUGAUUCACCGCAAAACCCUGAAUCCUGUCCAGAUAACAUUGCUUAAGUGUUCACAGGGGAGCUGUUCAAUAUUUGUCAGUUUCCAUUGAUCUAAGCCCACAAGUGUGAUACACAGUAUCCUGUCAAAAAUGCUGUUCAAGUCAAAUGAAAAGGGAUCAAGCUUUGGUCAGUGAUGGCUCACAACAUAUUUUAACGUGGUUUGUUUCUGGACUAGAGUUUGUGUCAUUUUAUUUCAAUCUCCUCCUUUUUUGUACGACAAUCUGUCGAACAAGUUAGUCUGUCAAACACACCCCCUUCCCACACUCCGAGCUUUAUUUAUGCUCGGAUCUGUUGGGUGAUGAUUUUGUUAAAAAAACGUACUCCAGUAUCGCUUGACUGUGGCUGUGAAUUAAAUUUACAUACACAUGCACUUACUCUGCAUUUUAAUAGAAAGCCCUUGAAUUGUCCAAUAAAGUAAGCAAAUGUAGCAGUAGUUGUGUGUUUCAUCUGCAGCACCUGCAGUGCUGGAGUCUGAUCUGAGCACUCAGCAUUGCACAUGUCAUGUUUAAUAGAUGAAAUGCCGCAUUUAGAUUCAUAUUUGAUGUGUGUUAGACUAGAGGCAGGACGAGGUCAUAGUUUCUCAGGGUUUCUCAGCAGGAUAAAAUACAACAGCAAAAAAGAAGAGCAAGCCUCAUGUGCAUCUGUAAACACUGCUUCUCUUUUACUCAUGCUGUUUUAUUCACUGCUGGGUGACUCUGGCAGAUGAUGAGCGUCUGCAACGGAAAAACACCAAAUAUAUUAACACCUUGGGAAGACAGACUAAGACCAAGUUUUGUCAGUGAGCUCCAAUUGGUGUAGGAUGACAGACGAUUAUGUUGACAGUCUUUUGUUAGGAUGCUUAUCAAACAAAGACUGUAUACAAAAGUGGAUCUCGCCACCAUGACAGCACCAAUUAUUAUGCAAACCCCGCUUUUGAAGCCAAGAAUUGUGCACUUUACUGCAGAAAUCGUGUUUGUAUUUGGAACCAGAAGUGACUAUAUUUGGAAGAAACAGGAUGGAUACGCAUUAGUAAAUCUCAAUCGUGGUUGACAGAUCACCAUGGUAGCUUGUCAAUCAAAGGUUGCCAACGUGUUGGCAUGAUAUGAUUUUCCUGUUUUUCUCUCAGCAGGACCAUAAUUUACCGGAUGAACAUAUUAUAUCUUUAAGAAAACUUUAAGCUAGAAACCAAGACAAUGAUGUCACUAAGGAAUUAUACAACUGAGAUAAUAAAUGACUUGAAAAGGGGGCUUAAAACUUAGACUGUGUUAGAUGGUAAAUGACACAACAGCUCCCUGAAAGUGAGGCCAAAACAUUUGAUGCGUUCUAUUACUGGUUUGCUGAGAUGUGGGUCUUAAAGCCCGCCUACUCGAUUGAUUGGUCAAAAUUUAAAAUCAAAAAGGCAUGUUACAUAUUUUUUUCACAAACAUAGUUUCUGUCAUUUUAACCAGCUCCUAUCAUGCUGAUUUAUGCACAGAUAUUUUUCUUCAAAAAAUUUAACUUACAAAUCAGUUAUUUGAUGCAAUAAAGAGGUUGAUAUAGUGAUUGGCAGCUCUGUUUACAAAUGAGGCUCCUGUAUUCACAAAUGAGCAAAGAAUAGGAGGACUGCCAAGAGAAAAUGAAAUGACCGUAUUACAUAUGUUUCACUGGUGACUACAGACCUCAAUGAAUUUAAUGUAAAUUUCUUAAAUAGGCAGGACAUCAGGACUUGAAGUCAUAGAAAGUAAAAUAUAGAGCAGGUCUAGCCCAUGCAGAACAUUAUGUGUUAAAAUUGGCAAUCAUUUUAUUGGCUUCACUUUUGAAAACAGAGGCUAUGUCUACUUCUUCUAUACAGUCAAUGUUUCCAGGCCAAUAUGUUUGUUACCUCGCAAAACAGGAUCUGCUGUCGCUGGGACAGGUUUUCUUAAUAAUCAACCAAUUGUCCUUUAGGAAGAUACAAAGAAUAGAACUGUAAAAAACAGACGUUUUAUCUUGAAGACUCCAUCACUCCUUCAAGUCUGAGGGAUUUGCACCUGACUGAGUUCAGUGAGAAACAGUUUACAUAUUGACCCUUCCCUCUCAAUCUCUUUGUCACAGUGCUAUUGAAAAGAAGCAGGAAAAUGGUGAAACCAUCGAGCUGUCUGCAGAGGGCCGGCCGGAGCUGGUGGAGGAGAAGGAGCUGCCUGUGGUGGACUGCACAUGUUUCGGCCUGCCCAGGCGCUAUAUCAUCGCUAUUCUUUCUGGCAUUGGCUUCUGCAUCUCUUUCGGUAUCAGAUGUAACUUGGGUGUGGCCAUCGUCAGUAUGGUGAACAGCCACACUAUCUUCAGAGACAACAAGGAGGUCAUAGUGGUGAGUGGUGGCUGGGGCUGUGGGAGCAGGUUUCACUUUGACCUCUAAAGUUUAAAGGUCAAAAAAAGUAAUAAAAAAAAAUGCUCCUUUAUAUAUAGUAUUUAUGUAAGAGAAAAGUAUUUAUGAACAAGACUAUCAUAAGUCCCACUGCUUAUUAUGAGUAAGUAUGAGAAGCCUGUAACCACACACUUUAACUUUACAUAUUUAGUUAAUCUUUGAUAGCUUGAGUUUGGCUCUUCAGUUUCCAUAUAUGCUAAGGUAUACAUGAAUUUCAUAAUACCUUUGUCAUGUGUCAAAGGAAGAUUUGUCGAUUUCCCUGGAGGUGUUGAAACUAUAGACUGUGAGUAGUCUCCCGUCAUUGUACAAAUUUGAAGCCAAAUUGCUCUCUGUAUUCCUGGGAGUUUCUCCACUUCCUGAAACCGGCAUUUGCGCAGAAGGGGUCGCUGUGAUGACGCUCUGUUCAAACAGUGUUUGUCCACAGCUCCAUUAAGUUUGUUGUAGAGGGGGUUUAUGAACCAUUCUGCAGCCUAUCACCAGGGGGUGCUGUUCACCCAGCGAGGAGGCAGAGGACAUCCAUUCUACUCAAUUUGUAUUGAUAUUAUUUGUAUUGAUAUAAAAAUGGACACAAAGAUCAUACUUACGCAUCACAGGGUUUCCUAGUCCUUUAGUGUCACCAUCGCUUUACUGACAAAAAGCAGAUGGUGUAUUAUGGAGUGAUUCAGACCACCAUAUGAGUGUGAAAUAUAACUUAUCAUUUUUUAUUUCUGUACACUUUUCCUUUCACUUCAGAUUUGCAAGAAAACAGUCAUAAAAAUGAUUGUUGGCACAACUCUUACAAAACUUCUUUAUAGUAGCUUUAAAGCUACCAUAAAGAAGUUUUGGUUCGUGUUGAUUUUGGGGGCCCCAGCAGACCUCUUUGAUGAACUUGUCCCGUACAUGACAAUGGAUCUUAUCUGCCUUCUAGCGUAGCUCUUGAUAAGUCUUAGCAUUGGAUUAGUUCAAUUGGCUGUUCUAACUUCAGUGUUGAAUGCUCUGUUUGAUCUGUACACUUCAUCUCAAGUGAACAUCAUUUCAGAGAACUUUUCAGUUAUAAUCAGUAUCCUCUCUAAAGGUCCUACCUGCUUUUAUGGGUCAUAGAGUGAUAUAAUUUCUUAGCUUUUAUUAGUACAAUCAGAAGUCACAUUAUACCAUUGUUAAUCUAACCACCCCAGUGCAUCAUUAGGAUCAAAUUCUUCUUUAUACUCAGUGGCAGAUUGAAAAUGUUUCCCUUUUGUUGUCCCCCUUGUGUCUCAACAGAAAGCUCAGUUUGACUGGGAUCCAGAAACAGUGGGAAUGAUCCACGGGUCCUUCUUCUGGGGAUACAUAGUAACUCAAAUACCUGGAGGGUUUAUAUGUCAAAAGUUUGCAGCCAACAGGUUUGUAAAGUGACUAUUUAGAGUUUGUAGAUCACAGUUGCUCACUUUCCAUACAUACUGACUUUCUGCUGUUUCUUUUUCCAGAGUGUUUGGCUUUGCUAUAGUGGCCACGUCUUGCCUGAACAUGCUCAUCCCCACAGCAGCAAGAAUGCAUUUUGGCUGUGUUAUCAUUGUCAGAGUGUUUCAAGGACUUGUGGAGGUGCUUUGCUCCUGAUUGCAAAAAACACAAAAAGGAUUUCAAUAUGUUAUUCUGAGCAUUGUCACCCAUACAGUGUGAUCUCUUCCCUAUCCCUCAGGGAGUUUCUUAUCCUGCCUGUCAUGGUAUUUGGGCAAAAUGGGCUCCACCACUUGAGAGAAGUCGCCUGGCUACGACAGCCUUUUGUGGUGAGUCAUCAUGACAGAAGCUUUUUCUGUCUUCAAACAAAAGAGUUUUUUUUUAAAUUAUCAUUUCAAGUGACGUGUCGUGCCUAACUAGAACUGAAGUGAUCAAUUCACUAGUUAAAUGUUGUAUAGAUAAUUAAUCCACAUCUGUUCUAUUAUCGAUUAAACGUUGAAUCUAUUUCAUAUUUGUUGAACCAUUGUUAGUUCCAGCUUCUCAGAAAUGAGGAGUUGCUGCUUUUCUGCUGUUGACAGUGAUUAAAAUAUCUUUUGUACUGGGCUGUCAAUCAAGACAGGAACAUAAAAGAUGCCGUUUUCCUGCUAUUUUCUGACAUGCUAUAGACUUAACAGUUGAGAGACAAAAAAAAAUGGUGGAUAAUUUAAUAAAUAACUGUGAGUUGCCACCCUCAACACAAUGUGUCUCCUUUUUUAGGUUCUUAUGCUGGUGCUGUGAUUGCUAUGCCUUUAGCUGGAAUCCUGGUCCAGUACUCAGGGUGGUCAUCAGUCUUUUAUGUUUACGGUAAGAUACUCCCAUUCUGUAGGAUGGAAGCAAUUAAAACAGAAUUUUUGUCAGGCCAGAAUAUAACACCUAAUAUAAUUACACAUCAGAAAUAUGAAAAAGUCAAAAGGUUAUCCCCUAAAAACUUGUCCCCCAUUGUGCACAAGUGAAACCUCAAAUCUCAGUUUAAUCAUAAUCUGUUUACUUUAUAGUCUGUCCUUAUGUAAGCUUUAAGUCACACUUUUGUUUUUCCAAACACAUAUCACAUCUCCUCUGCUCUCUGUCUGUCUUUCUUCCCCUUCCCAGGAAGUUUUGGGGUCAUGUGGUACUGCUUCUGGUUCCUGGUGUCAUAUGAAAGUCCAGCAGCCCACCCCACCAUCACUGAGGAGGAGAGAACAUAUAUUGAGGAAAGCAUCGGUGAAUCAGCUCAACACACAGUAACGGUCAGUACAUAGAUGUUUCAUCAGAUGUGAUGGGGUUCUUUCUCUGAAACACACAAGACAGACUCGCAAGAAUGUCAAUGACAUGGUGCAUUUUUGUGUGUUUCAGAAAUUCAACACACCAUGGAGGGCCUUCUUUACAUCCAUGCCUGUGUACGCCAUCAUCGUGGCCAACUUCUGCAGAAGCUGGACCUUCUACUUGCUUCUCAUUAGCCAGCCUGCUUACUUUGAGGAGGUGUUUGGAUUCGAAAUUAGCAAGGUAAUCAAAACUAGGUGUUUCCGUGAGUAGUGUGUAAUCUAAUACACGAGAACAAAAGGAAAGGAAUACGUUAGAAAAUCUGUGUCCUUGAAACCACACCCUCCAGUCUCAAAUCUGUCAUGUAAAGGACUUUCUUUCCUUGUUAUGUAGGUGGGCAUAGUCUCUGCUCUUCCCCACCUUGUCAUGACCAUUAUUGUGCCCAUCGGAGGCCAGCUUGCCGACUACUUACGCUCCAACCAAAUCAUGACCACCACAAACGUCAGGAAACUCAUGAACUGUGGAGGUAAGACAACCUCUCAGAAAUUGUUUUUUUUUCUUGCUUUUCCUGCACAUCAAUAAGAGCUUUUCUUAGCCGCCUAUUUUUAGUUUAAAAGCUGGUUUGAUCAUAUGAACCAGAGAAACUGCACAGUGGCUCACUGGCUGAUUCUAGGGCGAACACAGGUGUUUUGUUAGCUGUGGUGAGAAAACAUUUGCUGCAUAAGAGGAAAUGAUGAGUCACUGUACAUCAGAAACGCUGCCUCUGUUGGCUAUUUUUGACCUACAGGGCGAGAUCGAUAGCAUUGAAAUGGAGAAGCAUACAGUGUACAUAUCACUCUGAGAGAAGCUGUCAGUGCUGGUGUAACAACUGCACUGUCAACAGUGUUAAUAAAAUAGGAACAAAUAAGGUUUUCAGUCGGUUUUAAUGAACAUCUUGUACAUUUACUAGGACUUAAUGUUUUAUCCCAUCUAAGUCAUUCAUUGUUUCUUUUCUUUUUCACUUGUGUAUUUCAGGGUUUGGGAUGGAGGCAACACUGCUGCUUGUGGUUGGCUUCUCCCACACUAAAGGUGUUGCCAUAACAUUCCUGGUGCUGGCUGUGGGAUUUUCUGGAUUUGCAAUUUCAGGUGAAACACCCUUUUGUUAUCAUCUUCUGCAAAAACGACUGCAUAUUUCUUUUUUGUUGUAGUUUUUGCAAAUGACAUCAAAUACUAAAACGGACUAUUUAGGUCUUUUGAAUAUCCUAUAAUAGUUUGUGUUCUUUAACUAAAUGUAUUUUUCCUCUCCCAAAAGGUUUUAAUGUCAACCACCUGGACAUUGCUCCACGCUAUGCUAGUAUUCUCAUGGGUAUUUCCAAUGGAGUGGGCACUCUGUCGGGGAUGGUUUGCCCACUUAUAGUAGGUGCCAUGACGAAACACAAGGUGUGAAAAUAUUCUUCUGAAUUCAACUCAUUUUCUGUUGUCUGAAGCUGUGUUUUUAUUUCAUAGAAUUAAUGUUUACAACCUCUUUUUGACUUGCUUUUCUCUUGCUCAUAAGCUUUCCUACUUACCUUUUAACAGACACGAGAAGAGUGGCAAGGUGUGUUUCUCAUUGCCUCUCUGGUUCAUUAUGGCGGUGUAAUAUUUUAUGGUGAGUAUAACUUUUCUUAACUUAAGUCUCAUUUUCAGAUUAAAGGGAUAUUUCGGUGUAAAAUUAAUUUAGGGUCAAACACAACGUAACACAGAGUUAGACACCCCCUUGAGAGAUGAAUGUUGCCGACCGCUUGCUUCUCUAGUUAUACCAACUUUAGUAAAGACCGCACAAUAGCAAUACACAGUGGUCUGAGGAGCCAUAAACAAACCUCAACCAAAAUGUCACUCUAUAGCCACAAAUAAUGUUCAGAACAGCACCUAACUUCAUCAACAGUACAUACAGGGUCCCAGCCAUAGUGCUAGGCACCACACUUUUUUUAACUUUGCCUAAUUUCUUUAGCAAAGAGACCAAACACAACUCACCUACUCUCUUCCAGCAGCCGCUUGUUUGUAGCAAGACCUCAGGCCAGUCUAUUACGGACUACUGCUGACGCAGCUCAAGGAGGAACAUUUAUGAUUAUUACUUUAUCAUUUCCCUGAAGUAAAAAUCACCAUAUUAAUCAUUUUGCACUGCAGACGUGGUAGUUCUUCUGCCUUAGCGUCUCGGUCUGAUUGCAUUUCCAUGAAGAAAUGAUCAUAAAUGUUCUUCCUUGAGCUGCGUCACCCUGCAGCAAUCCGUAGUGGACUGGCCUGAGGUCUCGCUACAAACAAGCGGCUGUUGGAAGAGAGUAGGUGUGUUGUGUUUAGUCUCUUUGCUAAAUAAAUUAGAGAAAGCUAAAAAGAUGUUUGAGGGCUAUUGCUGUGGCUGGGACCCUGUAUGUACUGUUGAUGAAGUUAGGUGCUGUUCUGAGCAUUAUUCGUGGCUGUAGAGUGGUGUUUUGGUUAAGGUUGGUUUAUGGCUCCUUAGACCGCUGUGUAUUGCUAUCCUGCGAUCAUUACUAAAGUUGGUAUAACUAGAGAAGCAAGCGGUCGGCAACAUUCAUCUCUUGAGGGGGUGUCUAACUCUGUGUUACGUUGUGUUUGACCCUAAAUUAAUUUUAUGCGGGAAUAUCCCUUUAACCAACAAGGGGAAUAACUGGGGAUUAGAGAUGGAACUACAGCGCAUUGACAAAACAGGCAGUUGCUCCUUAUAUCUCAAAUUUGUAUGUUGACUGCUGUAAUUGGGCAGAUAUUAUCAUCAUUGCUCCACUGUAAAGAGAUAGUCCAGUCCACACUGUAGUUUUUAUAUUUCACUGAUAAACCACAGAAGUGUAAAAGAGCAUCAGAUGCCAUAAUCAAAGCUUUUAUCACAUAUUUACGUCAGUACAUUAUAACUUGCUUCUAUGCAUGUCUCACACAAGUGUAGCUUUCCCCCAUUCAUGCUCCUAGCUCACAUAGCUGUUCCUGAUUUUAAUUCCAGGUCUAUCAAAGGUCAGUGAUCCCAUCAAUGGAGAUGCAUUGGGGACAUAUGAUAAUACAUAGAGUGAAUGCUUGAACAUCGUACCCACAGUUGUCUACUCGUGAAUAAGACCACCCAGGGCUCACCAGGUCUAAACUCCUCCUCUAUUCUCUGUGCUUUAGGACUCUUUGCAUCAGGAGAGAAGCAAGCCUGGGCAGAACCAGAGCAGACAAGCGAUGAGAAGUGUGGCAUUCUAGACGAGGACGAACUGGCGAACGAGACGGAGGAACUAUAUCGCACAAGCGGCGGUGCAGGCUAUGGAGCCAUGAACCAGGGAGCGGAUCCCAACGGAGGUGGAGGCGUGGGUGGAGGAGGUGGUGGCUGGGUCUCAGACUGGGACAAAACUGAGGAGUAUGUCCAACCAGCUGGGGACCAAUAAUUACCUCUAUGGAGGAGAGGGGACCAGGAGUUCACAUUAAAGACCCGGAGAUCGUCUGCACAUAGCCUUUAGUGAUGCAGAACAAGAAUGUCAACAAUGUGAAGUUUCACCAUGAUGGCAGGAACAACUAUGAAAGUGUGAAUUUCACAUGCAACAUCAAAGGGGACAAUUUUGAGAGAGCUUGACUUUCAUAUCACAGAUGAACUGAAUUCAAAGAGACUCCACAGUCAAAGUGAAGACACUAGUUUUAAGAUAUGUGUUUGUAUGUGAUUGAAAUUGUGUACUGUGUGUGACAGACAAUCCAAGUCAGAGUGUUGUAGGACCACUCAGCCUCUCUGUUAUCUCACCUGGAGCAGGGUUGGGUUUUAGGCCUGGGUUGGCCUUUUUGAUGUUAAUUCACUGUAUCAAAAGUAGAAAAAUUCCAUUUUAUCUGACAGGAUUUGGCUUUUAAUCAUACAUGCCUCUCAUUUAUAUUUGAAUCAUCCAUGGAUAUGAAUAAUUAGGCACAGAUAUGUCACAAACCCAUUUCUAUUGUUGGAUAAAAGCCUGUUAAGUUUAUUCAAGUGGUUUCAUAAAUUAUCAUCAGUUUCACUAAAAAUGAAGCAGCAAGUUAUCACACUGUAUAAUCUAUAUCUAUUUUCCAGAUGACAAACAUAAGCCUUGUCCUUAUGUGCACACCUUCAAGAAGAAGCAAGUGACUUGUGCCAAUACAAGAAAAUACAUUGCUCUGUAGUAUUGGUUUACUCUUUCACUAAGAAGGUAUUUGGACACCUGCCAAUACAACCCCAACCCCAAAAGUAGUUUGGUUACCAUUUAACACACUCAUAAAAAGAGAUGUUUUGUAUAGUGUCACACUUUCUAUUCAAUUUAAAAUAGUGAAAAGACAACUUAAAAAAGGUUGAGACUGAGAAUGUUUUUGUUUUAUGAAAAAAACAUGUGCUCAGUUUAAGUUUUGUUUUAGCAACAUGUUUUAAAUUAUCAUUCGGGGACAACAAAGCAGGGCAAAAGUUGUGUGAUGCAUAAAAAAUACAUGGAAAAAGGUCUAUAUGUAACAAGUUAGUAACACGACUGACUGUAGAAAGGGUAUUCCUUCUAGGUUGAGUCUCUUAUGAGCAAAGCUGGGAAGAGGUCUGCCUCUCUGGGAGCAAAUAGUUCAGUAAUUUUAGAAUAAUGCUCCUCAGUGAAUCCAUCAUCCACGGUCUGAAAUAUCAUGAAACGAUUCAGAGAAUCAAGAAAAGUUUCUGUACAAAAAAGAAAAGACCACAAAAACAAUAUUGGUUGGCAGUGUUUUCAUGGCCUCAGGCAGAUAUGACUCUGAAGUAGAAAUCACUACUUGGAACCAAAAAACGCUCUCAAAUUGUUCCAAAUUAUACCAGGCUAAGAGGAAACCUUUGAUAAACAUGACCCAGAGACAGUUGAGACCUCCAACAAGGUUGUAUCAGGUGGACUGUGGCGAAGUGGAAAACUGUUCUGUGGGCCGAAUCAAGAUUUGACUUUUUCUUUUGGUGAUCAUGGGUGUUUUAACAGAAAAGGGGACCACCCAGCUUGUUCUCACCACACAGCUCAAAAACCAGCACUGGUGAUGGUAUGGGUAUGCAUAAGUGCCGAUGGCCUGGCAUGGCUAGAUUACACAUCUGUAAAGGCGCCAUUAGUGCUGAACUACAUAUCUGGAGUGAUACAUGCUGUGAUUUAGACAACACCUUUUAAUGGGCAGACGUCACAUAUCGCAUAUUUCAGCAAGUUAAUGUCAAAGCACAUUCUGCUUGUAUUAUAACAGCAUGGCUCUUUAGAGUCAGUUAAGCACCAAGUCAAGUCUAGGUGCAAACCGGUCUACCUAUAGUUCCGAAUUGUCACCAGUUGAAAACAUUUGGUCCAUAACCAAAAAAGAAGAAUAUAAAAAUGUACUGCUAAAAGUAAAUUUAAAAGGAGCAUAUAGUUUUUAGAGGGUUAAAGUUUUAACAUGAUAUUUUGUCUUUGCACAAAUUUCAAUCAAACACAAGAUUUAUAUAAUUUUCAUUAUUAUCUUGUUUUAUUAAUAUUUUACACGGCACACCAACAUAUUUGAGUCAAGGUUGUAUAACUUUGCACAACUGUCUAGAAAGUCUAAAUAGCCCACACUGAUAUUAUUUCUUUAUGCAAAAAUGAUUCAUAAACAAGGCUUUCAACCUGCCUGCUUGCUAACUACCUGAGGAUUUAAAAUGCCUGGAACUGGACUUUGAGAAGUGUCACCAUGCAGCGUAAUGAGAGUACUUUAUCCCUCAGCUUCCUUUAUCUGAUUUUGGAGCCAUAUUUAUCAUACUUUGAUCAUGUACUAUCAUGUUUCUAUUGUGUCCGGGGAAUUCAUGUAUUUAGUGUUAACAUCUGCAAAUGCACUUUGGUGUCACCCUAAAACCUUGGAACCUUCACACAUGCCGGAGUCGGCUCUCUCACACAUAUGUACAGGAAACACGAAGUUAAGCCUGAUGGGUGGUGCAAGUUACACAGUUUAUGUCGGGAUUAAAAAAUGGAAAUAAAAAUAUCAGAUUGGUAGACCUAUCACAUCAAACUAAUCGAUCUAUAAGUUAGCUCUGGUUAAUGCAAUAAAGCAGAAAGUUUAAGAUAUCUUAAGUGAUCAGAAACCUGGAUAAGAAAGCAACAACACCUCACUGUACAUGAGCGAAUUAUUUCAAUUGUUUUAGUAGAUUUAAAAGUGUAUCUGGUUAGCCCAAAAUGAUGGUUUAAGACUUAGUAAAGUUUAGUGUUAAAGUUUCAUGGAACACUAUCUCUCACUGGUACAGUUUCACUGAAAGAUUAAAUAUUAAAUGUUAGGAUUUUUACUGUUUUUUGACUUUUUUCAUUCAUUUCUUGUUAAAUGUUUUGUUCUGAUUGUAAACCAAAACAGUGUAUGUAAAAAUCAUGUACAUGUGGAAAAUAUUGUAUAAUAAAAUCUAGAGGUAAUUAUUCUUGUACAAUUCUAAAUAUUCUUCCUAGCAGAUAGUCCUUAUACAUACUUGCUAAAAUACAUCACAGCUUGGAGUUAUAUGUUUAUCAAGCCUUUUUUAUUAGACAGUGCAUGUUAUGUCCUGACUGACCUUUUUCUGCUUCAUGUGAGAUCCAGGCACUUACGUUGUGGGUCUUUAAACCCUUGGAUACAGUGGUUUCAUGUUACCCAUAAUGCUGUACCCUGUCCAGACAGCUUAUUGAUCACUGAGCUGAUGAUAACAGUGUUGAAAUGAAGAAGAAAAAAAGAAGCACAGAGGGGACUCACCAGGAAGGCACAGAGGCUCAGGCACUCACCCUUGGCGUCCAUCUUUGGUCUCUGGAAUCAAUGGGAUUAUCCUUUAACCAUCUGUCAGUGAGAGAAACGGUGGUUACCUGGAAGUGACUCCAGCUCUGUGAGGACAUUGGUAGAAUUUUAAGGGGCUUUGCUGUUGGUUUGCCCCAUUGAAACUUUGCUGUAGCACCCUGAGAAAAAUCUUAGCAGUCACCCCCCGUUACCUAAUUCCACUCUCUGAUCUUGAAAUCGAAAAGACUGAUAUGCAUCAGUCACAGUCUAUUGGUGCCUGCACAGACGUUGCACCAAGAAUCCAGUGUGAUAGAGUCAGUCCUUCCUGUGAUUAAACAAGUGUGGAAGACCGGGGCAUGUCUCGGCAAAUAUUCCCCCUGAUAUGAUGAUCUGUAAACAGUUAAAUAAGCCCUAACUAAACACGGAAAGCACAAAAACAGAAUCUAACUUUCAUGUGAUAUUAAUCAGUUGAGUCUUUAAACAUUUUAAACUGACAGACAAGCUUUUAUAAACCAUUCAAGUACAGAAUAACAUCAAAAACUCUGGAUACUCAGUUUUUCUCUCUUCUUUCAGAGGAGGGGGUUAACCUUUAUAACAAGUAUGCUGCUUUUAAAAAGUCAUGUCCUACCUUCAAAAGUCAUGUGGUUAAAUACAGCAAGUGAUGCAAACUAAGACCUAAUUGUGCUAAUUGACUAAAGUGUUAAUGGCCUCGUCAAUAAAAAGUCUCUUAAAUUUAGAUGCUCAACUUAUUCACCUCUCCAGUGGCGUUAGGGGUUAUAGUAAGUUACAUUAUUCCUUGGACCGCGCUGUCCAUGUUGCUUGGCCAUGAUACUAAAAUCGCAACAGCGUCACUAGUGCUCUCACUGAUGUCAUUUUUUUAAAAGAGGAAAAAAAGUGUAAUUUCACCAAGCCGCGCCACCCAAAGUAUUUUAUUUAAUAUGCGCAAAGCCCCCCUGUCAAAAUAUAGUGGAAAAACACAGGCGAAAUGGAAAACACGGUGAUGGUGAUAUUUAUUAACAGCCAGUCUUUCAAGGUGCAGUGCAAAAAUAUUUACAAAAGUGAAAUAAAAAAAAAAAAAUUCAGAAGUUUAAGAGACCCCCCCAACUUGAGUACUGACUUUAACACAACAGAAUUAUUUUAAUUCAAUCAUUAAAGCUCCUGUGAUGAAAUUGUUGUUUGUGUCCAUUGUGGCACCCUCUGUGGUCAAAUCAGUCUUUGCUUAUCUUAUCCUCAACAUGUUGUAGCAGUGAUUCUGCAAUGCCAGACCUGGAUUUUCAUACAGGAACUUAGAGUGAUAGGCAGGGAUCCUAACCACUACACCACAGGUAAACCUAUUCCUGUUUGUUGUUUAAGGCCUUGUGAUUGCAUCUUUCAUUGAGCACACUAUAAAAUGCAAUGCUUGAACAGAAAUUUUCUCUGUGGAGUACUGCUGUCCUUGAUUCGAACCCAGAAUGCCUCCAUCAAUAAAAUACAAGUGUUUGCAUUUGUAGAUCCCUAUUACCUGUACUUUUUGACUGUGGAACUGCAGUUCCAUUUUCUCCAGGCUAGCAUAAAGUGCCACCAUCCUGGAUUUGGACCUGGGACCCUUUGAGCAGCAGCCUUAACCACCACUCUACAGGUUGACAGAAGACAGAACUUGCCUCACAAAGACCCCCCCCCCAUCAGCGCUUACCACUUGGGUGCUGCUGUACAUUUCUUUGUUCAGGUAUAUCUCUUGUAAUGCUGAUUCAAAAGCACAAAAGACGACCUUGUCUUACAGCUUGGCUUGAACUAUGGCUUUGAUUUAUUUACACUUUUUGCAUUUACACUUUGUUUCAGUGUUUCACAUACAAGAUUGUUUGUUGGUUAUAAAAUGUCACAAAUUUACAUAUAUGACUCAUUUACAGGAAAAACCAGCCAUUACUUAAAUGGUGGUUGAAAAAGAAGAACCUUUGUCUGUGGAUUUUCCCCCAAUAUAAAAAGAAACCAAAAGCUGCUUUUGUAAAAAAAAUACCUUUAUUUGAGAAAUAGGCAAUAAAAACCAGCAUUGAUAUUGAUAUUGAUAUAUCUGUUAACCACUGAUCAAUAACAGUCUGAUACAUAUGCUGCAGACAGAGUGAUGAGUAAUGAGUUGGAUCAUGAUCUGCUGAACUAUUUACAUAAAGAAACCAUUCUACAUAAUCUUAAACACUUAAGAUAAUUAUGAAAAAAUAUGUUUCAAAAACAGUUUAGGAUAAUCUUCAUUUGUAUAUAUAUAUAUAUAUAUAUAUAUAUAUAUAUAUAUAUAUA